UCCAAGAUUAGAGUGUAUUUAGAUAAUCAAUACAUGAAAGGAAGCCAUAUAGUUGAACUAGUAGAAUAUCACAGAUUUCACCAGAUUAUUAGGGACAGGUCUAUCCAGUUUAGUCCAUCAUGGGCUAGUGUCCGUAUAUUGCUGAGUACGGAAAACUGUGUCCGCCUGGAAAGAAACUGUAUCCGGUGUACAGAAACCUUCAAUUCUUAUAAACCCCAAGGUUCACACACUUCCGGUAUAACAGGUUGACAGAAGUCCGGACUCUUCACAGGAUUCUCCACUAUAAAUUAUUCAGUUUGAACGAUCUACUUCAGAAAUUCAACCCACCAUACCCCAAAAUGGCCCAAUCGAUUAGAAAACCCAACCCAACCCUCUCCAAUAGCGUCUUCGACAUGUUUUCCAUGAAAGGAAAAGUCGUGAUCAUCACUGGAUCAUCAGGUGGCAUUGCUCACGAAGUUGCGAGGGCUUUGGGCGAAGCAGGUGCUGAUAUCGCUUUAUGGUAUCACAACAAUCCGCUGGCCAAAGAAUUAGCAGUUGAACUCUCCAGCAAGUACAGCGUCAAGGCACAAGCUUACAAAGUCGAUAUAAAGUCAUGGGACCAAGUUGCAGCUUCUGUGUCUCUAGUUGUUAAAGACUUUGGCCAUUUGGAUGUGAUGAUUGCAAAUGCUGGAAUUCCUGCCAAGGCUGGAGUAUUGGACCAAACAUUGGACGAAUGGCAUGAUGUAGUCAACACCGAUUUCAAUGGGGCUUACUACUGUGCUAGGGCUGCUGGAGAAGUCUUCAAAGAACAGGGCACUGGAAACUUGAUUUUCACUGCCUCUAUGUCUGCCCAUAUUGUCAAUAUUCCUCAGCAACAAGCAUGCUACAAUGCUGCCAAAGCGGGAGUUAUGCAUUUAUCCAAGUCAUUGGCUGUCGAAUGGGCUGGCUUUGCCCGAGUCAAUUCAGUGUCUCCAGGUUACAUUGACACUGCUAUUUCCGGUGACUGUCCCUUCGAAAUGAAAGAAGCCUGGUUCAGCAUGAUUCCCAUGCAAAGAGACGCGGAUCCGCGUGAAUUGAAAGGUGUUUACUUGUACUUAGCUAGUGAUGCUUCUACAUACACCACUGGGAGUGACUUCAUUGUUGACGGAGGCUUCUGUUGUCCAUAGAUAUUUAGAGAAC